AUGUCCAAUGUAAAACUGGCGUAUUCAAACAACUUAAUAUUAAAAAAAGCCAUAACAGAAGCACAAUAUAAAAAAUUGGCCGAGUCACAAGAAUAUAGGGCACCGUACUGUUUUGACUAUACCGAUCUUGAAAGGAAAUAUUGGAAAAAUAUUCUAUAUAAAUGUCCAAUAUAUGGUACAGAUGUGUCAGGAAGCAUUACAGAUAAAAAUAUAUGGAAUAUUAAUAGACUGGGUACAGUUUUGGAUUACGUGAAUCAGGAUUAUGGAAUGUGGAAAACAUCAUUUUCUUUACACAUAGAAAUGGAUUUAUACAGUAUAAACUACAUUCAUGAAGGAAGCCCAAAUUCAUGGUAUGCAAUACCACCGGAAUAUGGACGGCGCUUUAAAAGAGUAGCUAAUGGAUUAUUUUCUGCGGAUUUUUCAAUAUGUCUAGCAUAUCUUAGACAAAAAAUGUCUAUUAUAUCUCCACAAUUAUUAGCUACUCAUAAUGUUCCAUUUGACAAGAUAACACAAAAGAAAGGAGAAUUCAUAUUAACUUUUCCGUAUGGAUACCAUGCUAGUCUUAACCAUGGUUUCAAUAUGGCUGAAUCAACCAAUUUUGCAUCGCCCUGUUGGGUAGAAUACGGAAAAAAGGCUACACUAUGUCAUUGCUAUAAAGACAGUAUAAAAAUGGAUAUGGAAACCUUUGUGAGAUGUUUACAGCCUAAAAAGUACGAAAACUGGCUGAAGGGAAAAGAUAUUGAUUGCCAUCCAGAAGACCCUUCUCGUAGGUUCGCAGCACAUGUGCGUUAUUAA